AUGGAAGCUAACAUAGUUAACGAAGAAGAGUUUCAAAACAUUAUGAAAGAAAUCCGUGCGAACAAACCAGAGAAAAACUGGGUCUGUUUGACUUAUGAGGCACCAAAAAGUAAAAACUUGGUUGUUGCUGGGUCUGGUGAUAAGGGUGUUGACGAGAUGAAAGGUAUUUUCCAGGAAAACCAAAUUUACUUCGGAUUUGUCAGAGAAACCGACCAAAUUGAUGACUCUGUUACUAUUAAGUUUGCGUUCAUCAACUAUAUCGGAGACAAAUCUCCAAGACUCCAAAAGGCUGGUGUUGGAAUGCACAGAUCUUCGAUCCAAGACAAGUUCGGUCAGUUCCAUGUCUCACAUAUGUGCUCUGAUGUCAAUGAUGUCUCCGAUAAAAUCAUCAUCGAAAAGAUUAGAAACGCUUCGGGAUCGGCUGUUCACGUUCUCUAA